AUGGAGGUGAAAAUAUUGAGCCAGCACCACAUAAUAUCGAGACAAGUUGACCAAAUUCAAAACAAAAAGAAGAUAGAAGUUUUCUCGAGUUUCCUUCCCGAUGAAAUAUUGCUCAAGAGCUGCAAAAGUAAUGAUCUGGACCGAUACGACGGCGUUGUUCUCCUCAUUGAUAUCUCAGAUAUACAUAUUUUAUCGAGAUGCAACACAGAGGUGGCUAAAGAAGGCAUCUCAAUCGCUGAUGCAUCAAUAAAUGCAUAUCUAAGUUCUAUAAUAGAAGUCGUCCACUUUUAUGAUGGUGAUAUAGUUGAACUUAUACCAGAUAACCUAAUAGUCGUAUGGAAAUCGAAUCCAGAAAUUAGACUGUACAAACUGAUAGACGCAGCCAUUGCUUGUGCUCUGAAUAUACAGAGGGUUGUAGAGAAUUUCAACAGAGAGAUAGGAAUAAAUUUUCAGAUGAAGCAGGUAAUAUCCUGUGGUGUAAUAUUUUUCGCUGUGAUUGGCGACAAGGUUUCCAAAAACUGGGUGGUUUUUGGAGAUAUGAUGCAGAUUUGUCGUUCGACCAUAUCAACUGCCAAACCCAAUGAAAUCCUUGUCACCUGCCAUGCUUGGGGACACCUGAAUGAGGAUAGAUACGUUGUAAAUUUCACUAUAGGAGGGAAUGUCCAGAUAAUAAACCGAGUGUUCUCACUCGCUGAGCGAGAACAUAAGAAAAAAGCAUUACAAGAUUUGGCCCGUAUCUGGACUCUUUGCAUGAAUCACCUGGAAAUAAGGAACAAUAUACUCAGAGAAUCUAAACGCAAUGAUAAAAUGUUACAUCAAAUAGCUCUCAAAGAAACUAUUUUGAAAAAUAUAACACCGAGAAUCACGUCGGAAGCAACAUUGAGUUAUCGCAAAAUUAAGAAUUUAGAAGCUUUCAUAAUAAAACCAGUUCUAGACAAAGUAAAGGAGCACCAGCAACUAGAAUAUUUAUCGGAAGUGUGUGAAACGACAAUUCAAUUGAUUCAUUUGACAACCGGAGAUUGCGACGAGAAUGAAUGGUUCAUACUCAUCAACGAAGCAUACUGUAUUAUCAGUGGAAUUGUCGCAAAGAAAUACGGAUGUGUCGUGAGAAUAAAGACACUGUGCCACAAAACAGUACUAUUUCAAGUAGUCUUCGGUCUCCAAGGAUUGAGCAAUGACAAUGUAAAUCAAAAUGCCUUAACAACAGCAGCUGAGAUUAUGAAGGAACUCAGAAAUUUGAAAAACCAAAUUAAUGUGAACAUCGAAAUUUUCAACGAUUUAGUUCAUUGCUCGGUGUUGGGACAUCCAUAUAGAAAAAGUUACUUUGUUAUUGGUAAGAGAGUGUUGCAAGAACCGAAAAAAAUUUUCUACAAAAUUCUGUGUGACUACAAAACUUACGAAUAUUCGAAAUUACCCUCGGACUGCUUCGUUGAACAAUGUAACUUCGAAGAGAGUAAAAUUUCUGAUGAAAUACGUUUCGAAUAUGAUGAGAGUUUCAAAAGAUUUGAUAGUAUAAUUGACGGAGAAAUUCACGUCAUCGGAAGGGAUCAAGAACUUGGAUAUAUUCGAAAUAUAAUCUUCGAACCCGGAAAAUCGGAAAAUUUUCUUGCAGUCAUUGUGAAAGGUCAAUGUAAAAGUGGAAAAUCCGUUAUCCUCCGCAAAAUAAUGGCAGAAUGUGAACAGAAACAUUGUCCCUUGGCUUUCGUGAAUUUAUGUGGUGGAAAAUCCAAGCCGUAUUUUUGCGUUUCGGCCAUUUAUAGCCAACUUCUCGAUCUGAGCUCUCAUUCUUCGAAGGUCUCUUCAACAUGUGCUUUAUCCAAGAAGCUAUGGCAUUUCGAAGAAGCCCUACAGUUGCAAAAAUCAACGAUUUCAGAGGACAUUCAUCAAAGUAUGAGAAUUUUCGAGAAUUUCCUUCAGGUUUGUAAGAUGACCGCAGAAUUUUCUGUAAUUGUUAUAGAUAAUAUACAGAAUAUCGACAUAAAGAGUCUACAACUACUGGAAGACAUGUUAAAACUGAAAGUCAUUAGGAUUGUUGGCGCUGGACUUUUUGAGGAAGACAAAUUACAUAUUCUCUGGAAGUUCUCCCUGAGCAACCAAUUCAAAAUAAUGGACUUGGAACCACUUGGGGAAGAAUUUAUACCUGAACUCAUAUGUCAUUUCCUGAAUGUUCACGGAGUAAUGAAAAAGCUUGUCGAUUUAAUAAGAAAAGUUUGUGAAGGAAAGCCUGGCUGGGUUCAAACCUGUCUCCUGGAGCUGUUGAAUAAAAAAGAUAUUUUGAUAACUUGUUCGUCAUACAGAAUGAUAUUGAAUGAAAAUUUCAUAUUUCCAUAUGAGAAAAAUCAGAAAAGAAUGCGUAAGAACGGGACUAAUUUAAGAUUAGCAAUAAUCGGAGAAUUCCACAGGGAAAACUUGAGGGAUAUGUCGCCCAAUGCUCUCACUCUUAAUUUUUUUGAAUCUUUUCCUUCGUACCAACAGAUUAUCAUAAAAACUGCUGCUGUUAUAGGAGAUAUGUUCACAAGAUCUCUACUUGUCUUCAUACUAGAAUUACCGAACAAUAACUUUUUCACGUACGCAAUAAAAUGUUUGUUCGACGAGGAAAUUUUCGAGUGUGGUUCCAAAUAUUUCAUCAACAACGCCAAAGUGAUCAGCAAUGAAUUAUCCUGCGUUUGUCACAUGAAACACGAAGAACAAUCCUUAUUUCGAGAUUUCCCCAAAUAUGCCUUCUGUAAGAUUCUUCAUUUUCGAAACAGGAUACUCAGAAAAAUAGCUUAUGAGCUAUUAUCGGCCAAUCAAAAAAAAGAUUUGCAUUUAAAAAUAACGGAAUUGUUGGAGAAUGAAAAUGCAUUAUGUCCUCAAUGUUCUCAACACCGAUCAUCCGCAAUUAUAAAGAUAAAAAAAUAUAAGGACAUGAUUGUCUUAGUUGAGCCACCAGAGUCACAAUGUGCUUCACAAUUCAACAUAGAAGUAAUUAAAAAUGUUAUAAGGAAAGAAAUAACACACUCAAUAGACGAGGAAAGUAAACAGAUUGAAACUUUAAGCCCGAACACUUUAUCAAUAAGGAAAACUUGGAACAGAACGAACUGUUUCUGCCUCGAAAUCAUGACGAGAAUAUACAGCGACCUAGUCCAUCAUAGCCAAAGAGCGAAUCACUUGGCUAAACAGAUUUUUUUCAUGUAUCAAUACGGCUCGAUACUCAUUCUAAUUGGCGAGUUGGAGGAUGCCAUAAUGUUGCUCAAAGAAGCUUCCCAACUCUGCAUACUGAGCGAUCUCGAAAAAUACCACAUUUCAGUUGAGUAUUCCAAAUUUAUAUUCUCUAGAAUAGUAACAGCAAUAGCCGAGGCCUACUAUCACUUGGACGACUUCAAAGCUGCUAAGAAUUAUAUCCUACUUUGUUUCAGGCAACAAGACAUACCAAUAAUAUCAUUAGAAUACAAAUUUUGCUUCAAACUUCUGAAAGUAAAUUCCAAAUCAAUUCUCGAUUAUUUUUCAACACAAAGCAAAGGUUUCGAAGAAUAUGUGGGGCAGACUUUAUCCAUAUUAAUGAGGAUAUUGGUAGCGGAAAACCAGUGGAAUCUUGCUCUAUCAGUGGCGGAAAGAAGUAUUAAUCUUUUACAGAGAGAAAACAUGAACGUAACUUUGUUGUGCGAUAUUUACAGCAGUGCAUUAGACAUCUGCAGUAUACAUGGUGAUAUGCACACCUGUGAACAAUUAGAAAAAUGUGUCAUUUCAAUUUUAUUUCAACUUUAUUCAACAGAUGGAAGUAUGGAAAUAUUCGCCAUGAUCAAGUUGAUGAAUACUCUGUUCGUUAUCAAAACAAAAAAUGAUACAAUUCAAAAUGCAAUAAGAAUAGGCUUUAGAUUAUACCACUUGAAUUACUUCCUUCAUGCUGAAAUAUUUCAGGUUGAAACUGUUACUAUUUUAACAGAUUUGUUGAUUUCUGUGAAAAGAAUAGAGGAUGCAGUACAUGCAAUAACAGUUACAAGAAACAUGACUAAACACACAUUGUAUGAUGGAGAUCUACUUUAUUUCACAUUCUGUAUCGAUCUCAUCCUGAAUGGAAGUUUUUAUAAAGAAAAAAUUGACACAAUCGAGAAUUUCGCUGAAAAACUCUAUUCAGGAAACAUCACCCAUAUAGAAAACACGUUAGCUCAAAAUUAUCUAAUUAUUUGUAUAGUUACUUAUUUUUCGAGGAUGAAUAAUUGGAACAAAAUGGAAAAGUGGAAAAACUUCUUCAGAAUUCCGAAAAAUGAAAAAAACGAUUAUUUGCUUGCUAAAUUCAAACUUCGAUAUCUGGAAUUUCAUUUGCUACAAUUAGUUAGAAGAAUGGGAUAUGAAAAAGUCAUUUCUAAGGAGGAUCUGGAAGAAAUUCACCAACUUAUAUUAGAAUGUAGAAUAAUUGGAAAAAAUUGGAAAUGUUUCCUUCCAAAGUGCUACAUUUACCAAGGCUAUUUUUGCAAACUAAGGAAAAAAUCGAAACAUAGAAAAUUCUUGAAGCUUGGUUCUAAAGAAGCUCAUCAAAAUGGAAAUUAUGAGGCACAGUGUUGGAUUGAUUUAAUUGAAAAUUAUUGGAAAAUGAGCAUCACCAAUAACAUAAUGUCGGAAUUUCCCUUUGUAUUCUGGAAAAAAGCUAGGAAUAUCAGUUUUGCUGAAUGGAUCCACAUUAUGUUUCCUCUUCCAUUACCAUGAAACUCAUGUAUUAUCUGAUAGAUAUAGUUCUUUAUUCAUUGCACAGCACCAUUUGUUACAAGUUAAAAAAAAUUUAAAUACACAAAGAUAAGUUA